AGGGAAGUGAAGUUCAGAGUGAAGCAGAUUCAUGGUGGACAUUUGACUCACACUCUUCAAGCUCAAACUGAUGAAGGGACCUAAAUAGAAAAAGGGCAGAAACAGCGCCACCUGCUGCAGACAGCACAGAGCUGCAGAGUGACGGCGAUCAGGAGGAAGUCGAGUUUCUCAUCAGGUGACUGCAGGUUUGGACCAACAUGGAAAGAGCAGACUCUCCUGAAGCUGAACCUGGACUCAGCUCUGUGUCUACAAGGAAGCAAAACUAUCCACAGGAAGAAGCCGCUGACCUUAAAAGAAGAAAUGUGUCUGCUGCUGAGAAGAUCAGUGAGGGACCAGACUCCUCUGAACCUGAACCUGCAGCCAGCUGUGUGUCUUUGAGCAGUGAUCAGUCAAAGGAAUUCUUGAUCCACUUUAAAGGAUCAAAAUGUUCUGGUGUUGAGAAAGUCGAUCAGCAGAGCUCAGAUGUUUUGAGUCUCCAGCAUCAGCAGCAGCAACAAACUGAUCUGGACCAAAUAUUUAUGAGGCUGGAGGAGAACAUUAUCACUUUUGUAAAAGAUGAGCUGCAGAAGAUGAAGAGUUUUCUGAAUCCAGAUUACCGAGAAUCCUCAGAGUGUCAGAGGGAGGAUGAGGAGGAGUUGGACAGUGAGGAAGAGAAGCAGAGGAAAAGCAGCAAAGAGGCAUUUCUGAAACUCACAGUUAACUUCCUGAGGAAAAUGAACCAGGAUGAGUUUGCUGACCGUCUGCAAAGCAAAAACCGAGAUCCAAUUUGUGUGUAUCAAUUUAAAUCUAACCUGAAGAAGAAGUUCCAGUGUGUGUUUGAGGGGAUCGCUAAACCAGGAAAAUCAGUCGCUCUGAAUCAGAUCUACACAGAGCUCUACAUCACAGAGGGAGGAACUGAAGGAGUCAAUGAUGAACAUGAGGUCAGACAGAUAGAAGAACUUUCCAGAAAACGAGGCAGACUAGAAACAUCAAUUGAAUGUGAAGACAUCUUUAAACCCACAGUGGAGAGAGAUAAACCAAUCAGAACAGUGCUGACAAAGGGAGUCGCUGGCAUCGGGAAAACAUUCCUAACACAGAAGUUCACUCUGGACUGGGCUGAAGAUAAAACCAACCAGGACAUCCAGUUCAUGUUUCCAUUCACUUUCAGAGAGCUGAAUCUGCUGAAGGAUAAAAAGUUCAGUUUGGUGGGACUUGUUCAUCAUUUCUUUACUGAAACUAAACAUGGAGGACUCUACAGCUUUGACAGCCUCAAGGUUGUGUUCAUCUUUGAUGGUCUGGAUGAGUGUCGACUUCCUCUGGACUUCCACAACACUGAGAUCCUGACUGAUGUCACAGAGUCCACAUCAGUGGAUGUGCUGCUGAUAAACCUCAUCAGGGGGAAUUUGCUUCCUUCUGCUCACAUCUGGAUAACCACACGACCUGCAGCAGCCAAUCAGAUCCCUGCUGAGUGUGUAGACAUGGUUACAGAGGUCAGAGGGUUCAAUAACCCACAGAAGGAGAUGUACUUCAGGAAGAGAUUCAGAGAUGAGGAAAAGUCCACCAACAUAAUCGACCACAUUAAAAGUUUGCGAAGCCUCCACAUCAUGUGUCACAUCCCAGUCUUCUGCUGGAUCACUGCUACAGUUCUGGAAAAUGUAUCAAAACUCAGAAAGGAAGAAAAACUGCCUCAGACUCUGACUGAGAUGUACAUCCACUUCCUGGCGGUUCAGACCAAAAUGAAGAACAUCAAAUAUGAUGGAGGAGCUGAGUCAGAUCCAGACUGGAGUCCAGAGAGCAAGAAGAUGAUUGAGGCUCUGGGGAAACUGGCUUUUGAGCAGCUGCAGAAGAGCAACCUGAUCUUCUAUGAAUCAGAGCUGACAGAGUGUGGCAUCAAUAUCAGAGAGGCCUCAGUGUACUCAGGAGUGUUCACACAGAUCUUUAAAGAAGAGAGAGGGCUCUACCAGGAGAAGGUGUUCUGCUUCAUCCAUCUGAGUGUUCAGGAGUUUCUGGCUGCUCUUCAUGUCCAUCUGACAUUCACCAACUCUGGUGUCAACCUGCUGGAAGAAGAACAAACAGCAUCAGUGCUCCCUGAAGAGCCUUCAGUGAGACACUUCUACCAGAGUGCUGUGGACAAGGCCUUAGAGAGUCCAAAUGGACACCUGGACUUGUUCCUCCGGUUCCUCCUGGGUCUUUCACUGCAGACUAAUCAGACUCUCCUACGAGGCCUGCUGACACAGACAGAAAGCAGUUCAGAGACCGAUCAGGAAAUAAUCAAGUAUAUAAAAGUGCAGAUCAGUGAGAAUCUCUCUCCAGAGAAAAGUAUCAAUCUGUUCCACUGUCUGAAUGAACUGAAUGAUGACUCUAUAGUGAAGGAGAUCCAACACCACCUUAGCUCAGGAAACCUAGUUAAUCUGUCUCCUGCCCAGUGGUCAGCUCUGGUCUUCAUCUUACUGUCAUCAGAACCAGAUCUGAAUGAGUUUGAUCUGAAGAAAUAUUCAGGUUCAGAGGAGGCUCUGCUGAAGCUGCUGCCAGUGAUCAAAGUCUCUAAGAAGGUUCUGUAA